GCCAAACCCGCCUUCUGCAAUUCCUUCGCCCUCAUCCUCCACAGACAUGAAGCGGCCUCACUACAGAUAACCCAUCCGGGCCAUCCAUCAUGCCUCACUACGUCCUACCCGUGCAGGCGCAAUCCGGCCGCAACUCGCCCAAGGCCCCACCUGCUCACAUCUACAAUGUCAGCGAUCCUCCAUACUCCGGACAGCUCCCGGCAGACGAGACAACCUACCGACGCAGCUCUCCCGACACUGCCAUCGUCAUCGACAAUGGCUCCUCAUACAUCCGCGCCGGAUGGCAGUCCGACUCCACCCCGCGACUCCAAUUCCCUCCGCUCAUGUCACGCUAUACAGAUCGCAAACUCAACCGCAAGCUGACAUUCAUCGGCUCCGAGAUCUACUUCGACGGAACGGCGCGCGGACAGGCAAAGAAUGUGUACGAGCCGGGGAGUAACAUUGUGAACAACUGGGAUGCGCAAGAGGGCUUGCUGGACUACAUCUUCAUCAAGCUGGGCAUUGACGGCGCGAAUGGCGUGGUCGAUCGGCCGGUCGUCAUGACGGAGCCCUUGGCCAACCUCCCGUACACGAGAAAGGUGAUGAGUGAGAUUCUCUACGAACUCUACUCCGUCCCCAGCGUGACGUAUGGCGUGGACAGCCUGUUCAGCUACAACUUCAACAAAGGCAAUACCGGCUUGGUGCUGAGUUCGGCGAAUAUGAGCACGCACAUGAUUCCCGUCGUCAAUCAGCAACCGCUUAUCAGCCAUGCCACGAGACUAGACUGGGGAAGGGCACAUUGUGUGGAGUUUCUGCAGAGGCUGCUACGAUCGAAAUAUCCCGGACUCCUAGCCUCGGGCAAGGUAAACGACACGCAGAUCGAGGAUCUUGUGCGAUCGAAUUGCUACAUCAGCCAAGACUACGACGAGGAAGCAUUGCAUCUACUGGACUGGACGGGGCUGGAAGACCGCGGAAAGAUCAUUCAAAUACCAUUCCAGGAGAAGGAAGUGGUGCAGAAGACCGAGGAGGAGAUCAGACGGGCGGAGGAGAAGCGUCGGGAGGGUGGUCGGCGGUUGCAGGAACAGGCAAGCAAGAUGCGGCUUGAAAAGCUCAUCAAGAAGGAGCAGGAGCUGGACUACUACAAGUCUCUCCAAGAGCGGCUUCCAGAUAUGACGAAGAAGGAUAUAAAGGCUUUAUUGGACGACGAAGAGUUCAGAGAUGAGGCGCAACUCGAUCGCAAGAUCAAGGAAAUGGAGAAGAGUAUCCGUCGACAACGCAACAAAGACGUUGGCGAUAUGGAAGAAGAGCCGGAGGAGCCGCCAACCUAUCCUCUGUUGGACGUUCCAGAUGAAGAGUUGGAUGAGGAAGGGUUGAAGCAGAAGAGAGCUCAGCGAUUACUGAAGAGCAACCACGAAGCAAGAGCUCGCGCAAAGGCGGAGAAGGUCGCGGAGAAAGCGCGGCAGGCUGAAGUGCAACGACUCGACGAUGAGAGAAGAGAAGCCGAUCUGGACGCGUGGGUGGAGGAGCGCCGAGCUGCACGACAAGCAGCAAUGCAAAAGAUCAGGGACCGAGAUCGGUUAAAGGCGGAGCUGGGAAAUCGCAAAUCCCAAGCCAGCCAGAUGCGCAUGAAACAUAUCGCCAAUCUGGCCUCCGACAAUCCAAACGGACGGAAACGACGGCGAGGCGGCACGGAUGAUGAUGGCUUUGGUGCCGAUGACGCGGACUGGAUGAUUUACCGUGAGAUCCAAGCGGGCCGGAACGACGACGAUGACGAUGACGAAGAGGAGGACCUUGGGGCACAGCUCAAGAACAUCGAAGCACAGCUCCUGAAGCACGAUCCGAACUUCACAGAGGAGAGCACGCAAGAGGCACGAUCAGACUGGACCAAGUCCUUGGUGCAUGCUUUCGUGCGCGGCCCAUGGCCAUUCGACGCCGAGAGUGCGAGGGAGAGCAAUCAAUUCCACCUCAACGUCGAGCGAAUCCGCGUUCCCGAAGUCGUCUUUCAGCCCUCCAUCGCUGGCGUCGACCAAGCGGGCAUUGUCGAAAUUGUCGAGAACAUUGUCAUGCAACGCCUCGCUGGCAACAACGCUCGUGAUGAUAUGCUGAAAGACAUCUUCCUCACCGGCGGCUAUGCGCUUUUCCAAGGCUUCGAAGAACGUCUGCGCACGGAGUUGCGAGCCGUGUUGCCCGCAGAGGUGCAAUUGGCUGUUCGCACGGCUAAGGACCCUGUCCUUGAUGCUUGGAAGGGCGCGGCGAGUUGGGCGAGGACGGGGGAGAGCAGGAAUGCGUUUGUCAGCCGCGAGGAGUACCUGGAGAAAGGCGGCGAGUACUUGCGUGAGCAUAACUUGGGCAAUGUCUUUACGUAGGGAGCAAUCCGUGCAUCUCUGCCGCUACUGUCUACUGAGCGUGGUAGGAACAGUAGGAAACAGAACGUGAUAGAUGUCAAAAGAGAAGUCAUGACGAGCGC